AAAAAUAAUAAUAAAUAUGGUCCUAUGACAGCAGGUGUCAACGGAGGCGGAAAGAAACCGGAUGCGGAAAUGAAACGCGGAGCCUUUACGGAGACGCACGGUCCGCCAUAGUUAGUCGUGAGUCAAGUAACUUGAGCCGUGUUCGAUUGACUACGAGACGGUCGUAUUCUCGCGUUAAAUGUCGUUUCCGCACAAGGGCGCAUUUAGUUGUCGGCUUGGUGUAAAAUUGGCACAAACAUGGGGGCGAGGUUCGACGGCGAGGUGGCGUCGGUCGUCGAGUUAGCCUUCCGAGCUGUCGUGUCGGUCUUCAGGGGCGUGUGGGACAAACAAGCGCCGCCGUCGGCGUGGGAAGAGGCGACGCUCGGCCUCGGCCUCGGCGACGACCUGCGGGAUAUCGAGCGCGGCCUGCGCGCUCAGCUCCAGCGGGUGUUCGCCGAGCUGUGCGACGAGAACGAGGCGCUCAAGGCCAAAGUGGAGCAGAUGGAGGACGUGAUGAAGAGGAAGGCCGGACAGCUGGAACAGGAGCUGCACGUCCGGGUCGGACAGCUCGGCAGGGACCUGGAGAUACUGGAGAAGGAGCUGAAGACCAUCAGCGAUGGAGGAGAAGCAGAAGUCACGCUGGUGUCAGUCCCCGCUGAGCAGACUUCCCCCGAGACAAAAUCAGGCCCCAGCGCCUCAGAAGCGCGUAACUGCGAGACGGUCCAGAACCCCAAAAUGGAGAACCAAUCGGCAGUGAGCGUCGUUAGCCGGCUCAGCGGCGCACUCGCGGGAAAAGGAGAGUCGGCUGAGCAGGAGACGACGGAGACGAGUCUCGUUCCGCAGCUCCUUCUUCAACACGUGCCCUCGACUCGAGACGCUCUCAGUCCCGAUUUCGGCUCCCUGAGCAAGGACGAGCCGACGCAGGAACAAGCAGAGAAGCAGGGCCCAGUAGAACAGUCUUCAUCCGGAAGACCGAGAAGAACAAGGAGGCCCAGCUUCAAAGUGGAAAUGGCUUCCCCUGACAGCAGCGACGACGAAAUGGACUCUGGCCAAGCGGAAGAAAGCCCAAAGAAGAAGGCGAGGCGCAACCUGAAGCGCUUCCCCUGCGACGAAUGCGACGCCGCCUUCUACUGGAAGGCCGAGCUGAAGAAACACGCCGCGCUCCACGAGAAGCCCUUUUCGUGCCAGCAGUGCAACCGGAGCUUCCCGGAGAAGAAGGACCUGGAGGACCACGUGCUGGGCCACCAGGCCGAGACCAAGGCGCCGCUGCCCUUUCCGUGCCCGCGCUGCAAGCGCUCGUACCGCAAGGAGGAGUCUCUGCAGAACCAUCUGAAGCGCCACCAGCCCCUGGCCCAGCCCAAACCUUUCACCUGCGAUCAGUGCGGCAAGACCUUCCGUGUGGCGCGCUCCCUGGAGAACCACCUGCUGCGCCACCAGAGGUGGAAGGAGCCGCUCCAGUGUCACCUGUGCGACAAGACGUGCAAGACGCGGGUGCAGCUGCGCGGCCACAUGGUGGUGCACUCGGACGAGCGGCCCUUCAGCUGCGCCACCUGCGGCAAGGAGUUCAAGAGCAAGGACACGCUGCGCUUCCACCAAAUGGUGCACACCAACGCCAGAAAGUACAAGUGCAACGUGUGCGACGAGACCUUCAAGUACGCCCACUCGCUGACCGUGCACAAGCGGAAGCACACCGGCGUCACGCCGUUCGCGUGCGGCCUGUGCGGCCGCUCGUACCGGACCGGCACGGCGCUCAAGCGCCACAGCGUGGUGCACACGGGCGAGAAGCCCUUCACCUGUCACGUGUGCGGCGCCCGCUUCAGCCUCAACAACAAUCUGAAGCGGCACCUGCGCAUCCACACCGGCGAGAAGCCGUUUAUCUGCCAGGACUGCGGGAAGAGCUUCUCCGAUAACAACAAGCUCAAGUCGCACAUGUUGGUGCACGGCGCGCGGAAGCCCUUCAUGUGCGACCUGUGCGGGAAGACCUUCCUCUUCAACUGCCGCCUUCAGAUCCACCAGAAAUACGUCCACGCCAAGGACGACGACAAGCCCAAGGUGUUCCCCGCCAGGCAGAGGAACAAGCUUUUGGUCAAGCCGUACAGCUGCAAAAUCUGCCUGGCCGGGUUCAGCGCCGCCUGCUCGCUGAAGCUGCACGAGAAGGGCCACAGCGAGCACAAGGAGUUUUCCUGCACUCUGUGCGGCAAGGCCUUCCACAACAAGUACUCGUUCCGCUCGCACCAGCGGGCCCACACGGGCGAGAAGCCCUUCGUGUGCGAAGUGUGCGGCAAGGGCUUCAUCCACGCCGGCAGCCUCAAGCAGCACGAGCGCAUCCACACGGGCGAGAAGCCGUACAAGUGCGAGCAGUGCGGCAAGGCCUUCCGCACCGACGGGAACUUCUACCGCCACCUGCGCAUCCACACGGGCGAGAAGCCCUUCGAGUGCACUUACUGCCAACGCAAGUUCCACCAAUCCAACCAGCUCAAGUCGCACCUGCAGGUGCACACGGGCCAAAAGCUCUACUCGUGCCAGACCUGCGGAAGCGGUUUCUCCGACUCGCGGCAGCUCAAGAAGCACAGCUGCGACGGAACCGUCAUCCCCGUCUUGUUUGUGCCGACCUCCAAACGCCACCUGGUCGGGAUUCAGCCAAAGUCCAUUCACCGUGUUGACAUUGGAGGAGUCAAUUCUCAAGAAUCAUUGGCCGAUGCAGGAUUCAACAAAACGGUGGAGCUGCUGGCGCAGGAGGCAAGUCGAAAGAUCGGCAACAUUUUCUUGCUGCUGUUUGAUGCCGCAAACAAGGAAAAGCUCGCGCUGUGGGACAAGGUCAGCGCGUUGGAGCGCCAGCUGACGGCGGCGACGGAAGACUCGGACGGCGUUAAAGUAUGGAAGGAAAAGGUGAUGAGCGGAUGCCCUGUGCUGAAUGACCAGACGGGAUGGGUCUUCACGCUGACGCCUUUCGGAAUGAUGCUCAAAUCGGCCGAGGAGUCGGCCAGGGGAGGUGGCGAUUCCGUGACGCCCGCCGGUGGCGCACGCAAAGACAUCGCAGAGGAUGACAAGAUGACGCCGUCCUCAGAUCGUCCCGAUUUUUCGCCAGCCGAGGUCACCGAGAAGCUUUUUGAAUGUGAUGUGUGCAAGAAGAGCUUCGGCCGGCAGCUCCACCUCACGAGGCACAAGGACACCCACAAGGAACCUCUCAAGUGCCGACAGUGUUCCAGGAUGUUCCGCAGCGGCGCCGCGCUGGAGCGCCACCUGCUACGUCACCAGGAGAAGACUCCUCAGUCCUCGGCCUGUCCGCUCUGCGACCGGACCUUCAGGAGCGAAAAACUGCUCGAGUCGCACCAGUCGCGUCACCAUGGCGAUGACGCGCGGCCCUUCGCUCGUGACCAGUUUUCGCAGGGUAAGGCGUUCACCUGCGAGACGUGCGGCGCCGGCUUCACGCUGCGACAGAACCUCAAGCGGCACAGCCGCAUCCACACGGGCGAGCGGCCAUUCAAGUGCCACGUGUGCGGCGCCAGCUUCGUCCAGGACAAGCUGAAGGCUCACAUGCUGCUCCACGGCGCCACCAAGUCCUUCAUGUGCGACUUGUGCGGCAAGACCUUCCUGUACAACUGCCAGCUCAAGAAGCACCAGAAGGUGGCGCACCGGGAGGGCACCGAGGCGGGCGCCCAGCCGGGGAGGCGGAGGGCCCGGGUGCCCACGAACCGCACAGUCAUCUUCAAACGUGACAGGACCACCGUGGAGGUGGCGGCGUUCGCCUGCAAGACGUGCCGGCGCGGGUUCGACUCGGAGGAGGCCCUCGAGAAACACGAGCCGGUUCACGCGGGCGGCGCCCCGUACGACUGCGACGUGUGCGGCAAAGCCUUCCUCUACAAGGCCACCUUCGACUACCACCUUCGCACGCACCGGAACGAGCGGCCCUACGCCUGCGACGUGUGCGGCGAGACCUUCAUCAUCCGCCACGCGCUCAAGUCGCACCGGCUGCGGCACACGGGCGAGAAACCGCACGCCUGCGAAGUGUGCGGCAGGGCCUUCCGGGUUUACACCAACUACCGGAGGCACCUGAGGAUCCACACGGGCGAGAAGCCGUACGAGUGCGAAGUGUGCGGCGUCCGAUUCCGCCAGCUGGGACACGUCAAGUUCCACAUGCAGGUGCACACGGGCGAGCGGCCGUACGCCUGCGCCGCCUGCGGGCUGGGAUUUUCUGACUCCAGGCAGCUGAAGAAACACGCGUGCGCCAGGAAAGACCCGGUGACGACGUCGUCCCUGAUUCAUCACGUCAACACCUUCAUGACGUUGCUGGCUCAAGAGGCCGUCGACAACAUCUGCCAGCUUUUCCAACAAUAUUCUUCUCCGCUGCAUGUGCAGGUGGCUGAAGGGGAGGCACAGCUGGAGGACCUGAAGGUGAAACUGGAUGUGGCGGAGAAGGCGCUCAGUAUGAUGUUGCAAAACUCUUUGGCCCUGGUCGUGGAGGAGCAGGGCCACGAGCAGUUCGUGCAGGAAGGAGUCAUAAACAUGUUGGAUGGAGUGACGGACGGCUCAGCUCUGUCCUAUGAGGUUGACAAGUCUACCGUCAUUGACCUGACUUACGAGGAGCCAGAAGAUGCCGGCAGCGCCAGCCAGGCAGGUCAAGCCCAAAGUACCGAGCCGGCCGCCAAGGAGCCCGGACCCCUCCAAACAGUACGACACUCAGAGAAGAGCUUCCUGUGCUCAGUGUGCGGUUCUGGCUUCCCCCUCCAGCGCAGCCUCAACGUGCACAUGCGGCAGCAUACGGGAAAGCGUGCUCACACGUGCGACAAGUGCGGGAAGGGCUUCACGCUCAAGCAGAUCCUGAUGGACCACCAACGAUUGCACAGCAAGGAGCGACCCUUCAAGUGCACGCAGUGUGACAAGAGCUUCUACCGAGCCAAAGGCCGCAAGAACCACCAGCGCCUGCACGCCGUCCGCCAACCCGUCGAGCACCGUUGCCCCAUUUGCAACAAGAGCUUCAGUCACCAAUGCAACCUGCAGCGCCACCUGCGCAUCCACACGGGCGAGAAGCCUUUCGGUUGCGACACGUGCGGCAAGACCUUCAACCAGGCCGACACGCUCAAGAGUCACCAGAGGAUUCACACGGGCGAGCGCCCGUUCAAGUGCGACACCUGCGGGAAGAGCUUCACCCAGAAGGGGGCCUUGAAGACUCACUCCAGCGGGGCGUCGCUGGCGUGCGUGGCCUGCGGCGCCACGGCCCCGUGCACGGACGCAAUGCACAGCCACAUGCAAGCCCACGCCGAGGCCAUGCCGUGCGCCUGCACGCUCUGUGACCAGGUGCUGACCACCGUGGCGCAGUUGACCGCCCACCAGCAGAACCACCAAAUCGCCAGCCGGGCGCACGGCUGCACCAUCUGCGGCAAGAGGUUCAUGACGGCCAGCUACCUGAAGAUACACACCAGGUUGCACAGCGGAGUCAAGCCCUACUCCUGCGACAUCUGCCUUCGCAGUUUCUCGCAGCUCACCAGCCUCAAGUGGCACAAGGAAGAGCACAUUGGCGAGAAGCCGUUCUGCUGCGACAUCUGCGGGAAGUUUUUUAGCAGCAUGAGCAUCCUGACCUGCCACCAGCGCAGCCACGCGAUUGAGAAGGGAGAGUACACGGGCGGGAAGCCGUACGCCUGCGAAACGUGCAACAAGCGCUUCAGCCACGCCCCCAACCUGAUCCGCCACCGCCGCAUCCACACGGGCGAGAAGCCGUACGUGUGCGACGUGUGCGGCCGCGGCUUCAACCAGAGCAACAGCCUGAAAGCCCACCAGCAAAUCCACACGGGCCAGAAGAGAUUCACGUGCGACCGUUGCGGCAAGGGCUUCUGCGACAAGAGGAACCUCAAGAACCACAAUCGUUUGCGGUCGGCUGUCCUUUCCGAGUCAGCUUCAGCACAUUCCCAAAUGGUGAACUUCGAGGCCCAAGCGACAUCCAUUUUGGAACAAAUGGCCAACAGGGCCGUGAUCGAAAUGAGCAAAGUUGUCUCCGACACGACGCAAGAAAUGUCGCUGGGCGAUGACGACAGCACUCAACUUUCGCCCUCGGAUAACGUGGUGUGUCACGUCAGCUCUUUCAUGACGUUGCUGGCUCAAGAGGCGGCCGAGAACAUCUGCCAACUUUUCCACCAAUGUUCAUCUCUGCUACGCUUGCAAUUGACGCAGGCGGAGGCGGAGCUGGAGGACCUGAAGAAGAGGCUGGACGUGGCCGAAACGGCGGUCAGCAUGGUGCUGUCGAGCGCGCACGCCGUCAUAGCGGAAGAGGCGGUGUUUGAGCAGGAAGUUGCCUUGGCGGUGUGCACGUUGGACGGAGAGGAGCCCGCCGGGGAGGGGGGCGCCGCAGCCGUGUCUGGGGACGUCAGGGAGUCGGCCGUCAUUUAUGUAACUCACAAGGCCAACGAAGAUCGAGCCGUGACGCAGGACACUCUGCUUGACCAGACGUGCGAGUCCGCUCAGCAGGGGGGCAGUUUGGACCCGGAUGAUGACGAGCAUCCGGACUGUCAGGACCAGGAAGAUGCCAGCGAGGCCGACCACACGGGCCGGACCCGAAACGGCGUCCGAGCCGGCAAGCGGUCCGGCAGGAAAUCCGGCAAACGGCUGCAGCCCAGAGCCCAGCAGGCGGCGUGCCAACGCGACAACUUCUCAUGCACAGUCUGCGGACAAACUUUCACCCUCCGGCGCAGCCUCAACGUGCACAUGCGCCAACACACGGGAGAGCGCGCUCACACGUGUGACAUUUGCGGUAAAGGCUUCACGCUCAGGCAGAUCCUUCUGGACCACCAGCGCAUGCACAACGAGGAGCGACCCUUCAAGUGCACGCAGUGCGACAAGAGCUUCUACCGGGCGCACGGCUUGAAGAUGCACCGGCGCCUGCACGCGGUCCGCCGCGUCCGGGCGGCGGAGCGCCUCCACCGCUGCCCCUUCUGCGAGAAGACCUUCAACAUCAACGGCAACCUGCGGCGCCACUUGCGCAUCCACACGGGCGAGAAGCCCUUCCGUUGUGACACGUGCGGGAAGAGCUUCAACCAGGCGGUCACGCUCAAGGGCCACCAAAGGAUCCACACGGGGGAGCGACCGUACGCUUGCGUGUCCUGCGGCAAGACCUUCAUCCAGAAGAGCACCCUGGAGAUGCACACCGACGCCUCCUCGCUGGCGUGCGUGGUGUGCGGCUCCGCGGCGGACUGCGCCGAGGCCCUGCGCGGCCACCUCCAACUGCAUUCGGACGCCGUGCCGUGCGCCUGUGCGCUCUGCGCCCGUUGGAUGUCGACCGUGGCGGAAUUGCGCUCGCACCAGCAGCAGCACCAGACGGCGGGCGGCGCGCACGACUGCAGCGUCUGCGGAAAGACCUUCAAGUCCACCGGCUACCUAAAGAUCCACCUCAAGGUGCACAGCGGAAUCAAGCCCUUCUCUUGCGACAUUUGCUCUCGUGCCUUCUCGCAGCACGGCAGCCUCAAAACGCACCAGGCGGUGCACACGGGCGAGAAGCCGUUCGCCUGCGAAACGUGCGACAAGCGCUUCAGCAACGCGGGCAACCUGACACGCCACCGCCGCGUCCACACGGGCGAGAAGCCGUACGUGUGCGACGUGUGCGGUCGCGGCUUCAACCAGAGCAACAGCCUGAAAGCCCACGAGCAGGUCCACACGGGCCACAAGAAGUUCAUGUGCGACCGUUGCGGCAAGAGUUUUGGCUACAGGCGGAACCUCAAGAACCACAAGUGCUUCUACUACUGACUCCACCUCGAAUUUGAUGCUUCAAUAACGCCAUGAACCGAAGGAAAAUACCGGACACGCUGUGUCCUCAAACUGGAUCCGGGACGCUAAAAUCAUUCACAAUAAAUGAUGUUGGCCAUAUUCUUUUUGAGAAGAAAAGUUUAUUUUUUUGUUUGUUUUUUUUAAUGUAUUUAAAUUAUUACUUUCCUUUUUAAACUUUGAUGUAUUUCUGCAAAGGAAUACUUCAUUCUUUUAAGGUUGAGUUUUUGUCCCGGCAAAGUGUCUGUUCUUGUCGAGAUUACUACUGUACUUGUUUUUAUCUUUAACCCAAAAAAAAAAAGACAUUUAUGUGUAGUGUUCCCUGCUACUGUGACUAGUAAAAAUUCAAGACCACUUGA